GUGGGCUCCACGAUGAUGUCACACAUUUGGUUGGCUCAUGGAAGCUACAACUGAGGUUUAUGUGUAUGUUCAAUUCGGUUCAGGAGUUUUGUGGCCAAAUAUCAUAUAUUAUGGUGAUAUAAUCUCAAUAAUUAGAGCCACGGAAGAUGUCAAGUUGUCAAGAGUUCAAACUAUGUACUGCAAAUCCAUCGACGUUGGCAACCCCCAGAACUUGAAACGUCGCAACCACUCUUCGUCUCGGGUAAUUGCAAAGGCCAGGUGGUUGCUUUUCCAAUAACAACUACCUUACCAAAAGAGAGAAAAAGAGACAAAGAUGAUUUACCUGUCCAGCAAAUUUAGUUAUCGGAGUGUUUAAUCUAAAGAGCAACUAGACGCGGUUGAUGAUGAUGAUGGACAUCUACCAGCUCAACUUCGCCGGCCUCCUGGGUCUCUGCGCAGUCUUGUCUCUCGCGGGGAGAAAACCGGCCCAAUCCGCGGGACAGAGGAAACAGUGCAAGGAGAGUUCUAAAGUAUCACAAUCGCCUUUCCUGGUGGUGUAUUCGCUGGUGAUGGGAGCAGACUGGCUGCAGGGCCCUUUCUUGUUCUCUCUGUAUAGGGACGAACAUGGUGUCAGCUCGAGUCUAGUUUCAGCCCUUUUCACGGCGGGGUUCCUUUCCGGUGCGGCCAGCGGUUACUUCGUCGGCUCUGUGGCCGACAGGCACGGUCGGAAAGCGGCCUGCCUGUUCUUCUGCCUGGCAUACUCGGCCUCGUGUCUCCUGACCAUGAUACCCAAUGUGCCCUUGCUGUUCCUGGGCCGGGCGCUGGGUGGGCUCAGCACGAGCCUCUUGUUCAGCGUGUUUGAGGGCUGGAUGGUGACCGACUUCCACAAUCAAGCGCUGGGGGAGAAGGGGGGCGAUAUAUCACGUACCUUCGGCCUCAUGAGUACCUUGAACAGCAUCAUGGGGAUCCUCAGCGGAGUCCUCAGCGAGUGGUUGGUUUCCGUGACCGGCACACGGAAGUCGCCAUUUGCCGCCAGCAUCGCGCUGCUCGGCCUUGCCUUUUGGGUAAUUUGGUCGCAAUGGGAUGAAAACUAUGGCGAUGCUGCGGUGAAAGAGAAGCGGCCAGAGAAACAACCAGCCGAACCCAGACGGCUCUGGUCCAUCUUGACCGAUUCCCAAGUCAUAUCCCUCGGCCUCGCGUGCACCACGUUCGAAGGCUCCAUGUAUCUCUUCGUCUUCUUCUGGACACCUGCCCUGAAGUCGGUGCACGCCUCGAGCGGCGGGCUCCCCUACGGCAUCAUAUUCGCCAGCUUCAUGGCUUCCAUCCUCGCCUCUUCUCUGGCAUUCAACAUGGCCAUGGAGCGAAGGCUGCUGAAGUACUCGAGUCUCCUGCUCGUGAUAUUUGGCGUCGCCGGCCUCUGCUUUUUCCUCGCAGCUCGCCCUGGGUCGGAACAGUCGACGUUCUGGAUAUUCUGCCUCUUCGAAGCCGCAGUGGGACUGUAUUGGCCAUGUAUGGGGUAUCUGAAGGGGAAACUGGUCGACGACGGGAUCCGAGCCCAGGUCUACUCGAUUCUGAGGAUCCCUCUGAACGUCUUUGUUGUCAUGUCUUUGAUAUUCACAGGGGACGGGGAUUCCUUCGGGUCGGUGUUUUCUACCUGUUCGACCCUUCUCCUGGCGUCUUGUGGCAUGUUGGCGAUCGGCUUUCUCAACAAGGAAGCCCCAUAGGACCCGACAUGCUAGCUGUAAUACCGCCCAUCGUUGUAGGCGACCCAACACAAGAACUCCGGAGCGAAGACGCGAGCAUCGCAUCACAGAUAGAAUGCAUUGUCAGGACCUCGGUCGAUCGGCGGGGUAAUAGGUAGAUCAUAUUAUACCAUGCAUUCAAUGCUAUAAAAC